GACUCAUUCGCGGCAGCAGCCACGGAGGGGGUGUUCGUCUACGCCCAGCAAAAGGCCGGUUUGGGAAGCAGUCUCUUCGGUGGCGUCUCCAACUGGCUCUUCGACGCCCUCGGUGUGAACGAAGAGACCACGCCCUCGAACGCCCGGGUCCACCUCGCCGAAGGAAACCUCUCCGCGGCUCUGGACAUUGCUCUUCGUCUUCAGAUGCACGACCUCAUUGAAGAGGUCAUAGAGGCUGUGCCACACAGUCAGGUCAACUUCCUCACGCGGAACUUGUCGAUCGAUCUGGUCAUCCGCAGCCUCGUGCCGUUCCUCGCGCGGCAGCUGGAGGGCCGUUCACGACACGUCGCCUUCUACGCCGCCUGGGUCGACGCUGUUCUCCACGUUCACGCCGGCACCCUCCGACGCUCCCUGGCCGAAAUCGCCAGACCUCGACUGGCCAGGGACGCCCCAAUCAAACUCCUUGGCGUGGAGACUCCUGAGGAGGUGGAGGAGCGACUGAAGCAGCCCGGCGUGCUGCUGGAGCACGGGGAAUGGAAGGCCUUCCAGGCAUCUCUCAUCCGUCUGCAGACUGCGUUGGAGACCCUGAAGGGGUCGCUGAUCACCAGGUGGGAGACAUUUUUUUGGUUUACUCGGUUCAGGGACAAGUCGUUGUCGUCCUCAAUGUAA